AUACGUGACAUCACAUGCCUGGAAUAAAUAAGAGGGGUGCUUGGACCAUGGCUCAGGACCACUCUGUCUUGGGACUUCAGCUUCUCAUCUCCUCCAGCUCCUACUCUCCAAAAUGACUGAGUUCACAGCAGACCAGAUUGAGGACUUCAAGGAGGCUUUUGGUCUCUUUGACAGAAUUGGUGACAGCCAGGUGGCCUACAACCAGGUGGCCGACAUCAUGCGCGCUCUGGGCCAGAAUCCCACCAACGGGGCCGUUACAAAGAUUCUGGGCAACCCAAGUGCCGACGACAUGGCCAACAAGAGGAUCAACUUUGACGCUUUCAUGCCCAUGCUGAAGCAGGUUGACGCCCUCCCCAAGGGAACUUACGACGACUACGUUGAGGGUCUGCGCGUCUUCGACAAGGAGGGCAACGGCACAGUCAUGGGUGCUGAGCUCCGCAUUGUGCUGUCCACCCUGGGAGAGAAGAUGAACGAGCAAGAGAUUGAUGCCCUUAUGGCCGGCCAGGAGGACGAGAACGGCAGUGUGCACUAUGAGGCUUUCGUCAAGCACAUCAUGUCUGUGUAAGAGGCCAGCAGCAGGAGUGCUGAAGAAACUGUAGCUCGCCUACAGACAGCCCCACAGUGUUCAGGACAUCUACACUGUUUCAAAGACCAACCAAGGAAAGACAAGGACUAUGUACAAGGGAUGUUGAAGCAAGCCCAUUUUUUUUUUUUUUUGUUUAUUUUGUUUCCUUUCUAUUUCGUCUCUCACCCUGAUCUCUCGGGACAUCGCCAUCACCUCUCCACUGUAGACCACCAUCACUCGGCCUCUACUCCCCCCCCACCGGGGCGCGUCUCCACUCGCCACAUGGGGUGAGGAACGGGGGAGAAGGGGUGACCGCUCAUCAAGUGAGGGUAGAUCCCUCCCUUCCCACCGCCACCUCAUUCAGUCACGCCAUCACUGGCCCAGCAAUGCCAAAGGUGCUGGAGAAUGGUCGUGGUCAGACCGCCAGAAGUCCCCCCCUUCCCUGAAAAGUUUUAUUUAUUUUCACUCUCUUCAUCUGAGAAUAAACUUUUCCAACAUA